AUGAGGAAUGGAUUUCUUUCAACUAAAGUUGGACCAAUAUCCGUUCUCGUUGCGGCAAAACUUUGGUUCGACAAUUAUGUUGGAGGUGUUUAUAAUAAUACAAAUUGUGGUCCAAUCGAUCACGCCGUUCUUGCUGUAGGAUAUACUGAUGAGUAUUUUAUUGUCAAAAAUUCAUGGGGUCCAGAAUGGGGAGAAAACGGAUUUAUAAGAAUAGCAAGAGGAAAUAACAUCUGUAGCAUUAACAAUGCAGCUAAAGUUGGACCAAUAUCCGUUCUCGUUGCGGCAAAACUUUGGACGGACAAUUAUAUGGGAGGUGUUUAUAAUAAUACAAAUUGUGGUAGAAUUGAUCACGCCGUUCUUGCUGUAGGAUAUACUGAUGAGUAUUUUAUUGUCAAAAAUUCGUGGGGUACACAAUGGGGAGAAAAUGGAUAUAUAAGAAUAGCAAGAGGAAAUAACAUCUGUAGCAUUAACAAUGCAGGUGUUUAUCCAGUGUUGUAA